CAUUCUGUAUUUGCACAUACAAUUAUUCUGUUCCAAAUGCAGAACUUUGCAUUUGUCCUUCUUGAAUUUCAUCUGAUUCAUUGAGCACAACAAGGUCUCCCAUUUGGUUGGCCUCUGGGUCCUGCAAUAAAAAUUUUAAGGUGUCUCAAAUUAACUUGAGUGAAGAAUUUGCCUUAGGGAAUAUUUGUAUUACAGUGCUACCUAGGGACUGUAAUCAAAAUUGGUUCCCAUUAUAGUGGACAGUGUACUAAGAUGGAGUAUGACAAAGUCCCUGACCUGAAGAGCUUACACUCUGCCUUUAUCAUCUGUUCCCUUUAUAAUCUCACUUUGUAAAUGGUGUCAUUCACUGUUGGGCUAUGUGCUGAUUGUUCCCAAGGAGAGCAAUGAACUGACUGAAAGGGCUUGGCCAAAUUCAUCCCUGUGGUAAAACCACAGAAGACAGUAGAGUUCCUUCAGAGAUGAAUGUGACCCAUUAGACUUUGUUUUUUGUAAACAGUCUGUCCUCACCAGGGCAACUAACCCCGGGAGAGCUCUCACACAAAUGAGAAUUUGUCCUUCUCUCGCUGUACUUUUCUUUUCCAAACCUUUGUGCUCUUUGAAAGUGUAUCUGCCUGUGAUAAGAAUUUCCCUAGAAUGAGAUGGAUUCUAAGACAAAUACACCUAGGAAAGAGAGCGCGGAGAAUCUAGUUGGUAAGCCCUCUUUUCAGUCUUACUUUUAAUAAAUAACAAACCCGUAUGUGUGAAAUUAAAUGUGGUCAAAAGCUUUGGGUUGAUUCCUUGGAGAUUAAAAUCCUAAAUCUCCAUGGGCAGCAAAAAUGCCAUCCUACUUAAACUGUCCUGCCAAUAUAUCCCAACCCUUACCUGAAAGCAGUGGGAUGUGCAACUUUCUCCGGUGGUCAAAAGGGCUAAUUUGGCCUGUCUACUGAGAUGUAUGUGCUGGGUGGGUAAAUAAGGGUAGAAGGAAUCAGGGCCUAAAUACGUGAAGGAUGAUUAAGGCUGAGAUACUGUAUGCCUUUUUCAGCAGCUGUAAAAUUCCUCUAUGAUUAAAACACAGUCCUAAUUCCCAAGGAGGGUCUCGUACUUGGAGCAGACAGUAAACCUACAUUUAUACAACCAUUGGCCAUUAUUUGUUAAUAUUGCAUUUGAUCAUCAGAGUGAGUAAGAUAAACAUGACAAAUGUCAGUCUUCAGAUUUAAUACCAGCGGAAAGCAGGGAGAUGGGGAUCGAGAAAAAAAUAAUCAGUUACUCAUUCCACAUGCCUCCAUCUUUACAGGAUAGACUCAGUACACUUCUGCUUGUCAUUCUUCUACUGCUGCUAAAAAGCAACAUUAAAAUUUGAUAUCCAAAAGAUUCUCAUCCACUCUGUGGCUCUAUUGACAUAGCCUGUUCUUCCAGGGAAGGAUUAUAGAUAGCAGUAGUUUAUUAGAUGUCCUUUAUGUUUUGCCUGUCUUCUCCACUAUCUCCUUGCCCAAUAGAUGAUUGCAGUGCACAUAUGAGUUUCUGAUACUGUUGCUGUGAUGGAUCUCUUAUUUGGUAUGGUGAAACCAGGUGGUAGAUCCAUAGGAUCCACUGUCAGGUCUUGCAGCUUGUUUUCUCAUAACCUCCACUGUUUAUCUGAUGGUGAAGCCCAAAGGUUUUCAGAGCUUUGGCCACUAAUUAGAAGGAGUUUCUGAAAUUAAUGAGACAUCUUGGGAGGUUUUGGAGAUCUUAGUCUGGGUUUAGUAUUAUAUACUUAAAUUAUUGUAUGCUGCUUCUUCUCAGAGUGAUAGUGGUAAGAUUUGCACAAAGAUGUCCAAACUGUUGGUGUUGACUUGCUCACAUCUCAGAUGAUUCUCUCAGCAGUAGUCAAUUGUACUAAUGUGCUUUGUAAAUGCACCACCUACCUUUACUGGCACACAAUACUCAGCUGCUGAGAAAAAAGCAAGAUGGCAGUCUGCAAAAAUGUGAGCAUUUGGUCCCAAAUCAGUCCCAGCUAGUGUGUUUCUAGUCAUCUAUUGGUGAUGUGUGAGGCUUUCCAGAAUCACUUUGAAAUAUUUCAGGAAGCUCUCGUGCCUAAGUUUGGUAGGCAAAUAAAACACGUAUUGAUUCCCUGUUAAGGUCUGGCUGAACUAUUUCUAAUGCUGUCCACUCCAUAAUCUAUCCUGCUCUCUUUUACUUGAUAGAAGAGACAUUUAACCACUUGCCUGUCACUUAAUGUACCAGCUAUCACCUGACAGUUAAUGGAAAAACUUACCAGACCACAGAGCGCCACCCUCAAACUUACUGUGCUGCUCCACAGUGGAAUGAUAAUGCUAAUUAGUUUGCCAGCAGCACAGUACAAAUGUGGCCAUAAUCUUCUGGUUAAGGAAGUAGCUCGUGUGGACCCGGUAGAAGUUUGCAGUUAGAUCUGUCCUAAUAGGGCAGUAGCUGGAGUGAAGAAGCGACAAGUUUUCAGCACUAACCCCCAAAGCUUCUGUCCUGCCCUCACACACAUAUAUUCUCUUGAGGUUUGCAUGGUUAUUUCCUUAGAGGAACUGUCUGAGUAAUCUGUUCUAGCAAUGGUGAGGGGACAUAAUAUUUUACUAGUCACCAGCUUGCACCUAGCUGUGAUUGUGGAUCUAAAUGUCUUUUUCCAUUGAAAUGGGUGAAAACCAAAGUCAAGAGGCUUUAGCAGGAAAGGCAGGACAUUCAGAACAAAGCCUGACACUUGGUCCUCUUGGGUCCAGAUCUUUCAACCUGUGAGUUAAUAAGUCUGUGGCAAGGAUAUCAGAAACUUGGCUCAUACAGCAGUCAAGCACAGCAGGCCCCUUUCCUCAUAGACAGUAGUGCAGGGGGAGGUGUUUUGAAAAAGUUAAGUCUUCUUGCCAGGGCGAAGCACAAGCAGAACACAUGGGCAGGGAAAACAUUUUAGUUCUUGCAUGGGUGACAGCCCUGCCCUGACCAUGUCCAGAUCACAAUAGAAGGCAGGGUUGGAGCAGGGGUCCAGGCACUUGGAUUCUGAAGAUGCUUCCUUCCUGGACCUCUGGGACUUCACGCAAAUCCUUAGGUAAAUGUUCCCUGUGAAUGCAGGGGACUAGAUCUGAGUCCUUCAAGUCUUAUAUUUCCCUCUGACAGCUGCAGUGGGGUGCAGAGGGAAGGGUUGGAGGUGGCAGCUACUUUCAGCUUCACUCAUUCUCAGUAGGAGGCCAGCAAAAAUCACAUUCUGCCACCAUAAUCUGCUCCAAAAAUUUCUUCUAAGGCAGCCUUCCCCCAAAGACAGCCGCUCCCUUCUGCUGCCCUUGUUCCUUUUACUUAUGCCCCAGCUGCUCUCCCAGUCUAAAAGGCCUUUGCCCUUCAGGAACUUGUACACAUGAUUCGACUGAACUGUUCCAUUCAUUGUUCUUCACAGCUGUUCCUGUGAAAAGUGCUACAACUCCAGCAUCUUCUUUCAUCUUAAAAGAAGAACAGCUUCUUGGUCCUCUCUCCCCUCCCAAAAAUUACUUUUGAUGGCUGGGCAGGUGCCGGGGUAUGGUGUCAGAGUAGUUAAGGUGUCCUGCUAUGGCUUUAGAAGUCAUGAGCUCAUAGUCUUAUUCCAGGCUUAUACCAAAUGCCACCCCCAAACACUGUAUCUGUCCUCCCACUCUUGAUCCACCUCUCAAUGAGCAAUGGGUCAUUUACGCUGAGGAGUCAGUAGUGCUAGAUACAUCACUUCUUUGUGUCCGUUGGCCAUUGAAACUGGUGUGUUUUAACCACUCUACCCAAUGGGCUGUUUAGCUUGAGUAGAGCCGUGGCUUUGAUCUGGGCAGUGGGGGGUCUCCGGGCACUACCAGAACCCCUCAGUCAAUAAGAAUGUGCUGAGGGAAGGAAGCAGAACUGGGCAUAGCGAGCAGAACAGCAGAGAGCUCUAUGCUUCUUCCACUAAAAUGUACUGGAAGGCUUUAUUUGUCUUCCACAGGCAGAGCUAUUUUGUUGCUCUGCCAAAUAUUUGACUAUAAGCCCAAGAGCCUGACCGGAUUUCUCUCUUUGUGUUCUAUAGCCGAUAGAAAGGAAGGAAUUGGUGUCUGUGGUUGGAUCCUGGUUUCCCUUUCUUUCCUCUUUGUGGUUCUAACGUUCCCUUUCUCCAUCUGGGCGUGUGUCAAGAUCAUCAAAGAAUACGAACGUGCGGUUGUAUUUAGGCUGGGACGCAUAUUGCCUAAAAAAGCCAAGAGUCCGGGUCUGCUUUUGGUACUUCCAUGUACAGAUGUUUUUACCAAGGUGGAUCUGAGAACUGUUACCUGGAACAUUCCCCCACAAGAGAUCCUCACAAAAGAUUCUGUAACUACCCAAGUUGAUGGAGUGGUCUACUACCGAAUCUACAGUGCUAUUAGUUCAGUGGCUAAUGUCUCUAAUGUCCAUUUGGCAACUUACCUGCUGGCACAGACAACUUUGAGAAAUGUUCUAGGUACACAAAGCUUGUCACAGAUCCUGUCCAGUAGGGAAGAGAUUGCCCAUAAUAUUCAGGCUAUGCUGGAUAGUGCCACUCAUAAAUGGGGAAUCAAAGUUGCACGUGUGGAAAUCAAAGAUGUCAGGAUCCCUAUGGAGAUGCAGAGAGCUAUGGCAGCUGAAGCAGAAGCAACACGAGAGGCUAGAGCUAAGGUUGUAGCAGCUGAAGGAGAAAUGAAUGCUUCAAAGGCACUCAAACAGGCCUCCACGGUGCUGGUUGAAUCUCCAGUAGCACUUCAACUGCGCUACCUACAGACCUUAGCCACAAUGGCAACUGAGAAGAAUUCCACCAUUGUCUUCCCUCUCCCUAUUAAUAUGGUGCCUGGUUUGUAUAAGAAUAAUGGAGAAAAAAAAUAGGUAGCAACUGAAUACAUGUCUUUACUGCAUCAGAGGGAAUGAAGGAGUGUCACCAGGAAAACAUGUUCUUCCCAUCUGCUUUUGCUACAUCUAUGACACAGCAUUCAGAGCAGAAUUGAGUGAACAAAGCAUAUAUUCAUGGUAACACUCCCUACAGCUGUCCAACAUGGUCUAGACAUAGUGAGACCCUUUUAUACUUUUUCCUUAUCAAGAGGUGUUUCAAGCAGUUGCAAAAGUUCAGAGUUAAAGUAGAGAAGCUACUUUGAUAGCGCACAUCAAAAAGUGGUUAGCUAAACUGAGAUGGGAACAUGAAAUCUGAAUGUCUUGAAAUAUGAUUGUGGUUCCCAAGUAAGGCAUCCAGCUCUAGUGACUUAGGCUCAUCUUGAAGGGAAAAAGGAGAAAUCUUUGUCAGGCUGUAGGUUAAACUUUAAAUUAGGCUGUCACUUCUGAUGACACUUCCUUUUACAGAGAAUGGAUUCAGUAGUCUGGCAGGUAUUUUGUGGUUGGUCUGCUAAACAGGAGCCUUCCUAUAAGAGAUAAUAAAAUCAUUUCAUACAGAAUAUGGGCCCAAUUCUAUUCUGUUAGGGCUGUGUAAAUCUGUAGCAACUCCAUUUAAAUAACCAAAGUAACAGAAAGGAGCUGGGUCAUUAACAUUAGAAAGAUUAUUUGAUGACUGUGUAUAGAAGUACCAGGUGAUCUGUAAAUGGCUGUAACAAUAAUGGGCCUGGCUCUGAUUUCAUACUGGUGUAAAUUAACUGUACCCCCAUUUAUUUUAAUGGAGUGUUACCCUUUUGUAGAACCAAUGUAAAUGAGAAUCAGGCCACUGUGUUUUAUAUGCUCGCUGCAAUGUAAUCCAAAUGUAUCUCAGCUCUGUAAAAGGAAGAGAAUGUAUGCCCAGUGGCCACACUUAUAUUCCUCAAACUGAACUCACCUUCAGAAAUGUGAAACAAUUGCCAUGAUGGCAACACAACCACGUGGUAUUGAACAUCUACCCAUGUUAAUAUACGUCUUCCUCUUCCCCCAUAACUAGUCCUUUGCAUUCCUCCCCACAUAAGCAAACAUUUUGUGAAAUGUCUCUUUUCACUACCACAUUUUAUUGGAUAGUGAAAGAGUUGACACGCAUGUAUCGUCAUUGGAAUAUGAAUCUUACAGCCUUUGAAAUGCACAACAGUUUGCACCUGCCCAAAGAUGCUGUUGCAGACAUUUCAUAUAGUCAAAUGUGUUUUCUUGAGUUAGGGUCAAGCCAAAUCUACACUGCAAAAUUCCACUUUGCUCCACUGUCCAGUCAUAUGAAUAAAUUUCAUCCAGAGAACAUAAAUGUCAGUGGUUUUCAAACUGUGUUCUGUGGAACUCUGGGUUCUGCAAAGAGAUUGCGGUAAUAUCAGAGCAGGCCAGGAGGCAGUGCACCACCAUUGUGGGGCCAGGUCACUUAGCUCCAUGUCCAUUUUUAGGAUAGGGUUAGGGGUGCCACAACAGCAGAAGUGAUAUAAAAGGGUUCUGUGACUUUAGGAAGUCUGAAAACCACUGAUAUUAUGUGAUUCAAAGAAACUCACAAAAAAAAGGCAAAAUAGGUUCUGUUAUGGUUCCUAAAACUUUAAUGGCUUAUGGGACAUAAAAGAAAAGGGAAAUAAGGAUUAGUUGCAUUAAUGGGUGUAUAGGCAGUCCUCGGACUUACAACACAAUUGGUUCCUGAAAACCGCGUCUUAAGUCGAAAUGUUGUAACUCAAAACUGAUUUUCCCAUAGGAAACAAUGUUAUAAA